GAUACUUACUGCCGAUUUCCCCGCCAUAUAUAAUUUCCAUUUACCUUACUUUAAUCUCUCCCCUUCCCCUUUUUCACUGAUUGCCUACCAUGGGGUUGGUAAGUCAACUCGUUCGGCGGAUUCCCUCGAAAGCUGCCAUUCCUUCACUUGAAGAUAUUUCUAAGGGCCGCCUUCCAUCCCGGUUAUCAUUUCUGCGGCGGCGUAUACGGUUAAAAGGAAAUUCAUCGAUAUCUGUACCGCUGGGGGUCGUGUUGUUGUUCCCAAUGACGGUAGUUCUACUCAUAAUGCUUUUGUUUUCUCGACAUCCGGAUAAUCGUACUUCCAUCUUGAUCCCUUCGGGCUCCCCCCCUGCGAUAAGAAGAAUUUCGGAAGCCUAUGAUAAACCCUUCGUUGUUGGGUGUUUAGAACCGGUAACGGAUACCCCUCGAGUAAAUGCAGCAUUUGUUGUGUUGGCUAGAAAUAGCGAGUUGGAGGGCGUUAUCCAAUCGGUAAAAUCGAUAGAACGUCAUUUCAACCGCUGGUAUAAUUAUCCAUAUGUAUUUCUCAAUGACGAGGAGUUCAAUGAGACCUUCAAGUCGACCAUCAUCAAUUACACCAGCGGAACAGUAGAAUUUGGAUCGAUCCCGAAGACAAUGUGGGGUUUCCCAGAUUGGGUUGAUAAGGAUGAGGCCACCGAGUCAAUUGCGAAACAGGGAGAUGCUGCUAUCAUGUACGGUGGUAUGGCCAGUUACCAUCACAUGUGUCGUUUUUAUUCUGGCUUCUUCUACAAGCAUGAGCUACUUGCCAAGUAUGAAUGGUACUGGAGAUUGGAGCCUGAGAUCAAGUACUUCUGCGAUAUUACCUAUGACCCAUUUCUCCACAUGCAACGACAGAAUAAAACAUACGGAUUUACCAUUGCUGUCAAAGAGUUGAAGGAGACUGUUCCUAACAUUUUCCGAUAUGCAUCUGCGUACAAGAGGAACAACAACCUUCCAACCACAGAGGCCUACAAUAUGUGCCAUUUCUGGAGCAAUUUCGAAAUCGCUAGACUAGAUUUCUUCCGGAGCGAGAAGUACGAGAAGUUCUUCGAGACUAUGGAUAGAAGCGGCGGUUUCUGGACCGAAAGGUGGGGAGAUGCUCCUAUCCAUUCUCUAGCAGCCGGCGUCCUUCUCGAACCAUACGAUAUUCACUAUUUCCGUGACUUUGGAUACCGACACACUACAAUCCAGCAUUGUCCGGCUAACGCCCCAGCAAGACAGCUUCCAAGACCCAAAUGGCUCGAGAAGACAACUACUGAUCCCAAGAAGGCAAAGGAGGAAGAUGAUUAUUGGGAAAACUGGGACUCGGAGAAGGAAAACGGUGUUGGGUGUCGAUGCAGAUGUGACACCGACAUUGUUGAUGUCGAGGGCAAACAGGGUAGUUGUCUGUCUGAGUGGGUUAAUGUUGCUGGUGGAUGGAUUUCUGCAUGAUGGAGGAACGAUGAGACGGCCCCAAAUGACGUCUUGUUACUGCGUGCGCUUGGGGAGCUGAGAUCGGGAUUACAACUGCAUCCGGAGUCUGUAUACUGUCUUUUUUUCUUUUUGGUUUGUCAAGUGUUGUCUACGAUGAUUCUCUUUGCUUCUCUUUCCGGUAUUUCUUUAUAUUUCUUCUCCCUCUUUACCCACGCCCACUACUUUCUAAAUUCUCUCCGUUCAAUUGUGGUUCCGGUCGUUGUAAGAAUCGCCGCACGAAUUCUCUUCUCCCAUACAUGUAUAGUGGUGGAAGUGUUAAUCCUGCU